CUCCGUGGGUCUAUCCUCUGCCUUAUCUGUGGUAUCGGCGUGGUGGGAUAGCAACAACAACGUUCGAGGAGACGCGCCGUGAAUCGUUCGUUCGAUUCCUAAAACGUGUCGACAGAUGGAACGAGAAUGCAAUUUUUCCACAACGUCGAAACGUACGGGUAGAACAGAUGUCGCCCGUGUCAGCGGUUUGACCGAAAGUUGGCGCUCACAGUCUUUCCGUUGUCAAUAACGGACAGUGGCAGUAUCCCGGCACAAAAUCCCGGAAACAUCUCGUUCGUGAAAAUCGACGGCUAUCCGGAUGUAAUUUCGUGUUGUCGUGGGUCGGUCUGGACGUGCGUGGAGAUUAGGGAAAAGGAGGCGUACUGUCGCGGUAGAUACGCGGGACCACCGGUCGACGAGAAAUUCGCGAAAACGGGCGUGCCUUGGACGGUCGGCGACGUCCCUGACGCGAAAUAAUACACAACGGUAGCACACACGGGCGACUGCAAUCGCGGGGACUGCGACUGUGGACUGCGACGUGAACAGGGGAACAACGGUGACGCGAACUACCUCGGGUUAAUAACGUUCAGGUGGAAAACAUUCAGCUGACGAGGCGAACUGGGAACGGGAUUCGACACCGGGGGAACGGUGUGUGCACCACUACACAGAAGAAAAGAAGAGACGUACCGUGUUACGGUUAGACGCAUCGCCGCGCGAUUUUGAAUACGAACGGGGUCGUAACUGUCAACGGUCAGUUUCGUGAAGACUCGCGGAACAAACGCAGUCUCCAACCAACCGAGCAACGGUUCCCCCGAGACGGCGUGCCGUUUAUCGUCGCGGUUAUUCGCGAUAUCGCAUUCCGUCGUUGGUUUAUCCGGUGGAUAACCGGGUGUUUUACGGUGGUGGCUACGGCGUGAGAGACACACGACUAAAUGACCAUGGAUUACGGCAUGUGCGACAUCCAAACCGGAUACAGCAUUAAUAUCAAGAGGACGGACGGUCGAGUCCACUCGGCGGUCGUUUCCGGCGUAAAUUGGGAACAACGGAGUGUCACUGUGGAAUGGUUCGAACGGGGAGAAACGAAGGGGAAAGAGGUGGAGAUCGACGCAAUCCUCGCGUUGAAUCCUGAGCUUGUCAGUCAAAAAACGAUGGGACCGCCAGCUCAGAUAAACAACCACCCGGUGAUGGCCCCCAAAGGAAGGCAUUCCAUCAAGCCGUCGAUUCCAGUGAAAGCGGGCUCCAACAGGCAGUUGUCGCGACAUACCAGUCGGCCGACAAACAUCAUGCCACCCGCUGCGCCUUUAAACGGACACGGGGAUUCGGUGACUGGAUUGACGGUCCGUCGUGAGGUGAUCGAAAACAUACCCCCCACCCCGACGACCACGCCGGCCGCUUUCAGCGGGACCGCCGCGGCCACUCAGGCCAAGCUGAAACAGCAGCAACAGCAGCUUCAGCUGCAGCAACAACAACAACAACAACAACAACUGCAACAGCAGCAGCAAGCACAGGUGGAGAAUUGCCGGGGAAGACGUUCGAACGUGGUCAAGGAGGUCGAGAGGCUGAAGAAGAACAGGGAGGAGAGACGACAGAGGCAGGCGGAGCUGAAAGAAGAAAAAGAGGCUCUGAUGAAUAUGGAUCCUGGCAAUCCGAAUUGGGAGUUCCUAGCUAUGAUAAGAGAAUACCAGAACAGUAUUGAGUUCAGACCGUUGCGGGACACGGACACCGUGGGGGACCAUCAGAUCACAGUGUGCGUGCGAAAGCGUCCGUUGAACAAGAAAGAGAACGCGCGUAAAGAGGUUGACGUGAUCAGCGUGCCCAGCAAGGACCAGAUGGUGGUGCACGAGCCGAAGGCGAAGGUCGAUCUGACCAAGUACCUGGAGAAUCAGAUCUUUCGGUUCGAUUACGCGUUCGACGAGACCUGCACCAACGAGAUCGUGUACAAGUACACCGCGAAGCCGUUGGUGCAGACCAUUUUCGAGGGUGGAAUGGCCACGUGUUUCGCGUACGGUCAGACCGGCAGCGGGAAAACGCACACGAUGGGCGGCGACUUCAACGGGAAGACGCAGGACUGCCAGAAAGGUAUAUACGCGAUGGUCGCGAAGGACGUGUUCAAGUGUCUCAAGUUGUCCAAGUAUCGGUCCUUGAAUCUAAUUAUAUCCGCAAGCUUCUUCGAGAUCUAUUCCGGCAAGGUAUUCGAUUUGUUGGCGGACAAGGAGAAGCUCAGGGUUCUGGAGGACGGGAAGCAGCAGGUGCAAAUCGUCGGAUUAACGGAGAAGGUCGUCGAGACCUGCGACGAAGUACUGAAGCUGAUUCAGCAUGGGAACAGCGCCAGAACUAGCGGACAGACCAGCGCGAACUCCAAUUCCUCGCGAUCCCACGCGGUAUUUCAGAUCAUAGCGCGAACGUCCGGUACACACAAGGUUCACGGGAAAUUCUCUCUGAUCGAUCUCGCCGGAAACGAGAGAGGGGCGGACACGUCGUCCGCAAACAGGCAAACUCGAAUGGAAGGCGCGGAGAUCAACAAAUCGCUGCUGGCCUUGAAGGAGUGCAUUCGGGCGUUGAGCCGCAAAGGCACGCAUUUACCAUUCAGAGCGAGCAAGUUGACGCAGGUGUUGAGGGACAGUUUCAUCGGCGAAAAGUCCAAGACUUGCAUGAUAGCGAUGAUCAGCCCGGGAAUGAGCUCUUGCGAGCACUCGUUGAAUACCCUUCGGUACGCGGAUCGUGUCAAAGAACUAGCCGCGAACGAUCCAACGGAAGUGAAGAUCUCACCGACGGACGACGAACGGGAACCGAAGAUCGAGGAGCAGUCCAACACCAGCGUUCUGUCGGACAGCGAUCUAGCGCAACUUAGAUCGCUGAACGAAGGCGAGAUCUCCCAAGACCUGUACACGUUCCACGAGGCGGUGUCGGCGCUGCAGCUGCUCGAGGAGGAAGUUCUGGACACGCACAAAAUGGUAAUCGAAAAUACAACCGGGUUUCUCAAUGACGCUCGCACCGUAUUCAGCGGGACGCACGAAGUAGAUUACGACCAAGAAGCGUAUGCCCAGAAAUGGGAGCAGUUACUGGUGCAGCAGCGUGACACCUUGAACGCCGCUAUUGAUCAAGUGAGUCAGUUUCGCGGGCAGCUGCUGCAGGAAGAACAGAUCAGCCAGAAGAUGACGAAAACUCGUAGUAUACGGUACAAUUAAGAUGGAUUCUUUCACGAAAGAUAAAGAGAGAGAGAGAGAGAGAGUGAUGGAGGUGGAAUCGCGCGGUACAUCACGGUUACUCACACGGGAAUCCAGCGACGACACUUCAACGGGGGAAAGGCUCGAAAGGGAAUCGGGGGAUGCUAACGGACAGAUACGCAGCAGCAAGAAUUUUCGAUUCACAAGAGCGCUCGUUCAUAAAAAAAGAAGCGUAGCGGUUAAAGCGUUCGAUUCCCGCCCGGCCCGACUCGUUUACGUGAAAAUACUCGCGAAUAAAAUGGACAAUGAGACGAGACCUCGCCAGGGUAAUUAACAACACCGCCGUAUACCGUCCAUUGCUCCACCGGUCGUUUGCCACGUUUCUCCCCGUUUCUCUUCUGCUUUGCCUUAUUCAUCAUCGUAUUCACAUUAUCUUCCGCCCUCUCCUACGCCUCCUCUUCCCCUCCAACGAUCCUCCUCCACCUCCUCUUCCCCUCCAACCAUCCUUCUCCACCCCCCUCCCUCUCGAUUCUUUUCUCCGACCAAGCGCCAAUGUCGAUGACGCGCGAAUCUAUCCUCUGCGAGCGAAACUGCCACCUCGAAUCGAUGGCCACGAAUAGCGAAACAUUCUUUCAGUCCUUUGGCCUUUUGCUAACGAAUGAUCGUCAUUCUUUUGCGCUAUUUAUCCUGCGUACACGUUUCCCCGUCGAUGUGGAUUCAACGUGUGAUUCGUUCGUGGUUUUGAAACGCGGGACGUUUACCGUAUACACGAUCAAAUCGAGCCCCGCGGCGAGCAAACGUGUUUCGUCGUGCGUGCGCUGUUUAAUUAUAAUAUUCGUGAAAGAGAAGAGGACCGAGAGGCGAGGAUGUGGCGACGCUACGAAUUCAUCCCACUGGCCGAUGUUAUAUACUCUUCCGCGUUGCUUUUCGAUACGCGAAAAAUCGCAUGUUUUUUUUUUUUUACCUUCCCUCCAAAGUACCCGCGUGUCUCUGGACAUCGUCGUUUCCCCGUUCUUCGUUAGUCCGUACGUUUUCACGAUACGUCGAUUGAAGUUUGAAAAAAAAAAGAAACGAACGUGCAAUCCACUGUGCACGCGUCGAAAUAUAGCUACUUUCCUCGUUCGAAUAAAUUUUUCGGAGGAUAAAUUCUUGUCCGCGCGAGAGAAUCAUAAAUAUUUUCAAAGUGCCACCGUCGUUCUCGAAAGCACUCUUUAUUCGUUGAAUGUUUUUUCACCUUUCCAUCGGCCGCGUUCGAUUUGUCCGUCGAUAUGAUGCAAAAACGGCAACGGUUGAAUCACGUCGCGGUGAACGUAACGCAUUGUAUUCUGAGAAAUCGCUGUCACGUGACAAUCGCGUAAUUUCAAAUUGUUAACUUCAUCGCUGUCUUCAUUUGUAUCCGAUCGUGGACGGACCCGGUGUGAAUGCAUACCCGUUUUCAUAAAUAAUAACCUUCGUACGCUGAUUUUGUAAAAACGUGCACACGCGCGCUCUCUCCUACACGGAUCAUUCGUAUAUUCGCAGUGAACCAAAUAACGACUGAUUUUGAGAAUAUAAUUCCUAGCUUGUAAGAGAAAAAUAAAAGAUUGCAGUGCAGAAGAAAUCGAUUCGAGGAUUUAGAAUAGACUGUACAACUGUUUUAGACAACUUUCUUUUUUUUUCGUACC